GACACCAUUAACUCCAAUCUUAUUCUCUUUCAUUAUUGGGAUUACUUGCCUCUUUGGCUCUCCUACAAACUAAUUAAGGGACAUUAGGAUGUGUGAGAGACUUUUAUUGCGGUAUCGACCUAAAAAACUUAACCAUGGUGAGUGCAACACCUGCCUGUAGUAACUAGAGCCCAGUGCCAAAAAAACCUCCUCCUGAAUACAGGCUCACUUUCUGUGUUUCUAAAUGAAUGUGCCCUGUCACGCACGGAAUUAAAUGACGUCUAUUAUCCUUCAAAGCAAGUGUUAGGGCGGCUCUUCUCUCCCUGUGUGGAGUCCGUAUUCAUGCGCCGGAGGGGAGCUUUGCGCUCAUAGGGGAGGGACGAACGAAGUGAAGUUCGGAUCAGAUCAGGAAGGUGCGCACCGGCAGAGCGCGACGGACGGCACCAGGGGAGAGACGCGCGUUUUCGUGCCAUUACGCAUCGAUUCUCCCGCUCAUUAAUUGAUAGAGAUCAUUAAGGAGAAAGUGAAGAGGAUCCUAAAGCCACACGGGGGGAGAGAUGGAGCCGGCGGCGAGAUGGACUUUGCUGCUUCUUCUCGUGGGUUUGAUAGCGCGAGACUGCUUUUCAUCCAAGGCAGAGGACCGGCUCUUCAGGAAACUGUUCAGAAGAUAUAACCAGUUCAUCAGACCAGUGGAGAAUGUGUCUGACCCCGUCACUGUGGAGUUCGAGGUCUCCAUCUCGCAGCUGGUCAAAGUUGAUGAGGUGAAUCAGAUCAUGGAAACAAACCUAUGGCUCAGACAUAUUUGGAACGACUACAAGCUGCGAUGGAUGCCGGCGGAAUUUGACGGAAUUGAGUUCAUUAGAGUUCCAUCGAACAAGAUCUGGAGACCCGACAUUGUACUCUACAACAAUGCUGUAGGUGAUUUUCUGGUGGAGGAUAAGACCAAGGCUCUGCUGAAGUUUGAUGGUACCAUCACCUGGGUUCCUCCAGCCAUUUUUAAAUCUUCUUGCCCCAUGGACAUCACCUAUUUCCCCUUCGACUAUCAGAACUGCUCCAUGAAGUUUGGCUCCUGGACUUAUGAUAAAGCCAAGAUUGACCUGGUACUUAUUGGGUCUAAGGUGAACCUGAAAGAUUUCUGGGAGAGUGGCGAGUGGGAAAUCAUUGACGCUCCAGGCUACAAGCAUGACAUCAAAUACAACUGCUGUGAGGAGAUCUACCCAGACAUCACCUACUCCUUCUACAUCCGGCGCUUGCCGCUCUUCUACACAAUCAACCUCAUCAUCCCCUGCCUCCUCAUCUCUUUCCUAACAGUGCUGGUUUUCUAUCUCCCGUCUGACUGUGGAGAGAAGGUCACGCUCUGUAUCUCCGUCCUGCUCUCCCUCACUGUGUUCCUGCUCGUUAUCACCGAGACCAUCCCCUCCACGUCGCUGGUCAUCCCGCUCAUUGGAGAGUAUCUGCUCUUCACAAUGAUCUUCGUCACGCUCAGCAUCGUCAUCACUGUGUUCGUGCUAAACGUGCACUACCGCACGCCAAUGACCCACACCAUGCCGGAUUGGGUGCGCUCCGUGUUUCUCAGAGUGCUGCCGAGGAUUAUGCUGAUGCGGAGACCGAUCGAUGAAGACAGCAAGGCUGGGGGGUUGGACAGCAGUGGGGAGGCAGGAGGAGCUGGAGGGGGAGGAGGAGGCGGAGGAGGGAAAGGAGGGAAGAAAAGAAAGAAUAGCUUGAUGCAGCAGGUGGGCGGAGGCUCCCUCAACUGUCUGGAGUUCGGGGACAGUAAGUUCUCGUCUGUGGAGGGCUGCGCCGGGAAGAAAGGCCCUUGCCCCUGCCAGAAUGGGAAGGAGACCCCAGAGACACCGGACAUGGGGAAAAUUACACGUCAGCUGAGUCCGCAGAGCAUCAACACGGUGGUGGCCUUUUCUGUGGUCUCACCUGAAAUCAAACAGGCCAUUGAGAGCGUCAAGUACAUCGCUGAGAACAUGAGGAGUCGCAACAAGGCCAAAGAGGUGGAGGAUGACUGGAAGUACGUUGCUAUGGUGAUCGAUAGAAUCUUCCUUUGGGUGUUUGUGACCGUGUGCGUUGUGGGUACUGUGGGCCUCUUCCUCCAGCCGCUUUGUGGCUUUGUCUCCUAACUGACAAUCAAUCAGGGUUCACUGUUGCCCUGUGUCCACCAAUCCUGAACAAGGGACUAACUCUCAGUUCUCAGUUGACCAAUCAGAAUACAGAGUUUUAAGUCCUAAAGCACUACUUGGUGUGCUGGUUUUGCUUCUUGCCUAAUGCAGUGAACAGCGGCAACAGUAAAGUUGAGAAAAAGGGUUUCAUAUUUUAAGAUUGGCUGGUACACUGCGUAACUGAUACAUAACGCCUUCAUUUCUGCUUAUUUUACUGUAUCUGGAUAUCAGUUGGAUAAUGUGACAAAGUGUGUUCCAAUCGAACAUUUAAUAAUAAAGUAAACUUUGUUUUGCUUAGUUGUAAGUCAUAGCUAACAAGAAUAUAAUGUAUCUGUUUGGUUUGCCAGUAUGUGUAACAUGUUGUCUGGCCAGCAAGCUGUGGUUAGUUUAUUUUUUUCUUCUAAAUUUUACAUGCUGUCUUCACUAAAUUGAUUUCUAUUGCGUAAUAAAAACCCCAAAAAGGUAACGGUAAGGUAACUGAAAUUUGAACCAAAUAUUUCGUCGCUGCGUUUUAGCCUUGUAGUGUUAAUUCAAUAAUGUCGAGAGGUAAGUUUGACUUGGAAUCAAAACUUGGCACAUCCAGUAGUCCUUCAGGACUGGAACCUGAGAAUUAACAUUCAACAGAUAUGUAAGUGAACUGGCAACUUUCCACAUCCGGUAGACUUGACACAAACUCUCUACAGCUCUGAACUCAAUUCUGCAGCAGCCAGUUAACUCUCCACUCCUUGAGCUGACUGAUGACUGUCAUCCCCGCGCCCCGGUCUGAUUCAACAAGCUGCCCACUGUCAGAGCCAAUCGCGCUCACUGCUUUUCUGUGUCAUUUCCAAUCAGAGUUCUGAUUUCUGGCACACUUGGCAGCACUUAUAACAACUUACAAAUAAGGGCAGGCUGUUCUUCGUUUUUUUUUUGUAAUUAGAAACCAUGUGUUUAUAAAUGUUCUCUCUGAUUAAUGUUCCAAGAGGUAAUUGGUUAGCCUGGUAAAUACUGGAUUAAAUGGUACUUGAUUAGUUGCUCCUAAAAUAGCAUUAGAUCUUUUAAUUCGUGAGUGGAUUCUAUCAUCCAAUUUAAUGGCUAUUAAUUUAAUUAUUUGUUUUUCUGAUUAAGUUUAUAAUUAAGAGCAAACAUGUAACACUAGAAACAUUCAUGUCUGACACUUUAACUGCUUUAACCACCAAUGUUGUUGUCUGAUUACAGUACUGCUUAAUUUAUUCAAUUUUAUGUUAUCUUUUGGUUAUAUGAUGAAGAAAUGCACAACUCAUGCUGAAGGGAGAAAACGUGUUUGUAAAAAUGAUUUUUGACUUUCUUUUGACUUUGAACUUAAAAUAAAUGCAAUAUUUGUUCAAAUAAAGUGAACAGCAUUAGCUUGUAAAGGUUUUAAAAA